AUGGAUGUUAAAACUGCGUUUCUAAUUGGUGAGUUAGAAGUAGAAAUUUAUAUGACUCAACUAGAGGGUUGUGUUGUUUCAAAACAAAAGAACAAAAAGUUUGGACAUUUUGAUGUCACACCUGUGAAUACUCCUUAUGAUGCUAACACUCAAUUAAUGAAAAAUAGAGGAGAUCAUAUGGCUCAAACUGAGUAUGCUCAGGUUAUUGGGAGUCUGAUGCGUCUGAUGAAUUUCUCUCGACCUCACAUAGCUUAUGCUGUGUGCAGAUUGAGUAGAUAUACUCAUAAUCCCAACCGUGAUCAUUGGAAUAGCAUUGUCAGACUAAUGAAAUAUUUGAGAGGACCCAUGAAUUAUGGUAUCCUAUACAGUGGAUUUUCCGCUGUACUAGAAGGGUACAGUGAUGCUAACUAG